CGCACAAACAAGGGACGCGGCCGCCGCUGUCCCGCGAGCGCUGGCGGGGAGGCCGGGCCUCGGAGGUGACCUACCGACCGGGAGCUCCUGGCCGCCCCGCGGCAGCAGCGCCGCGUUCCCCUCGCUCAGCAGCCCCGGAGGGUGGCCCUGCCCUGCCCUGCCUUGCCCUGCCCUCCCGUCCCGUCCGGGGUGAGGACUUGGGUUUAAGAAAGCUAAAGCUUCACUAGAACUGUAACUAGAAUGGACAGUUACUUCAAAGCUGCAGUCUGUGACUUAGACAAGCUACUUGAUGAAUUUGAACAAAAUACAGAUGAAUAUGACUGCUACAGAACAUCUCAAAAUUCAUAUGACUCAAAACACCACACACUGUCUUCAGUUCUGAAUCAUUUGCAGCAUGUAUACCCAACACCAAAACUGCAAGAGGAUGCUAACAAUUGUACUUCAUCAGAAGAAAUCUCCCUAGCUGGCCACACUGGAACAAGUAAAGUGCUUCCGAGUUACCAACCACAAAAUGAGAAGAGUGUUGCUGGACCUGAUCUUCUGUCCACUGUGGACAGUGGUUCUCUAAGUGAAAUUCAGGCUUCAAACCUGGGAAGAUGUAGUAUACCUGUGUGUGAUCUUGUUAAUGACACAGGUAACUUAAUCCCCUCAGUGGCUGCUUAUGAAGACACUCAGAAGUUGCAGCCAGAUGACUUCCAGUACAGUGAAAGUUUGAUUGGCUUUGAUGCAUCUUGCAUAGUUGUUCCUACUUGUGUGUCAUCAGCUGUUUGCAGGGGUGUUUCAAGUAUAGACCAGUGUGAUGAGGACUCAAUGCUACAAGAUUCAGGACAUACAGAGGAGAUAAAUCCUUUAGCUUUAAAAUCAGACCGUUUUGCUAUAGCAAAGACCUCAGAUCUAUAUGAUGAUCAACACAGGACAGAAUCUGUAAAGUGCAGUGAAGUAUUUGAUCAACUUGAGCAAACUGCUCACCUUAACACUGCUUAUAUCCUUGAAACGUCACAGAAUUCAAAUGCAUAUGGCCCUGAAGACGAGAAAGCAUAUGAAAAACUGCCUCAUGGACCACAAGAGGAAAGUGCAUGUUCUCCAGUAAGCAUAGAGUCUAAGUAUGGACGAAAUGCCAUAGAAAAGAUAGACUCAAAAGAUGAGAGUAAUGUUGAAUCUGUGCCUUCAGAUAUGCCAAAGAGGGAUCAGUUGCAGGAAAGCCAUGCAAUGUCACCUGGAGACUGUGUUUUACCAGGCUCCUCAUGUCAAACAGGAGCUAAAGUAGAACUGGAAAAUAAAAUCACAGAAAAGAAUGUAGGUAGUGAAGAACGUAGCAGCAAUGGCAUACUAAACAGUGUUUCCACUUCAUGUAUUUCAGUUGAGGAUGUCCAGACCUCACUGUCAUGUCUUCCACUUCCUGUAGCUAUAUGUGGUUCAUUAGUUGCAACGGAAGAAAAAGUUAAUCCUCAAAAUGAAAUGGUGGAGGUUAUCAGUGAUGCUUUAACUGUUCAUGCUGGAAAACCUGAAACUAACCUGUCUACUAGGGAGUCCUGCAAAAAUGCUGGCUUACUUGAACAGGAAAAAAAUAAAGCUAAAAUCAGCACAAGUGUUGUGGAAAAAAGUACAGAUGGAGAGAAAUAUGAUGCUGAGGGUGUAAUUGACAGUGAUUCUCAGGACAUUAAAGCACUUGCUUCUGCUUUUCUAGAGUAUGAAACUAAGCCGUAUAGUGUUGGUAUAGACUCUUACUACAAUGAAACCAUGAGCCCAGUUAUGGCUGACUUUACUGUUGAGGAGGACUUCAUUACAAGUGAUACUCUAAUAAGCGAUGCUGAGCUUGAUGAUUUCUUGUAUGGACAAAGUAUUCACUCGAAUGUUUUGAAGUCUUCAGAUAAUGAGAGUAACUUCAUGGAGACUGAUACAGAUGAUGGGAAUUUAACAAGCGUGAACAACCUAGAUUUUACAGAGGUCGUGGAAGAACAUAUGCCAGCAAAACUGGAGGAGACAACAAGCAUUGAUAGGAAUCUUAAAGCGUCUCUUACUGCCAAUGAUUCGGAAUCUGCAACAGAGGAGAGUAUGUCUUGUAUUCAGGAUAUGACUGAGAGUGGUAGUGAAACACUAGUUUCUAGUGUCCAUGCUGAGGGUGCAAGACCAAAGCAGCUGCUUGGCCUUUCCCAAGGAACUGUUAGUCGGAGACAAGUGAAUAGAACAGAUGUACUUGAGAGAGAAAACCAGGAAGCCAGUUCUGUUACCCCAGAAUCAUCCCUCUUGGGCACCAGUGUUGCUAAAAAUUCUGACUCUCUGCACUCUGGGGGAAGCAACUCUGAAGCUGGAGGAAAUCAAACAUCUGAACGAGAAUCACUUAAAAUCCCUGCAGCUCUCUCACAGAAACAACCAGUGUGGAUUCCUGAUUCAGAGGCACCCAACUGCAUGAGCUGUCAAGUCAAGUUCACAUUUACAAAAAGACGACAUCACUGUCGUGCAUGUGGAAAGGUUUUCUGUGGUGGCUGUUGCAAACGAAAGUGUAAGCUCCAAUACAUGGAAAAGGAAGCAAGAGUCUGUACUGGCUGUUAUGAUGAUAUUAAUAAAGCACAGGCAUUUGAAAGGAUGAUGAGUCCUACUGGUCCUGUCCCCAGUUCCAAUGUGUCCCCUGAGUAUUCUUCUGCUGUUGCGCGUUUGGAGGAAGGCCAGAUAUCCAGUAGCGCUAGCUCUCCUGUCUCAGCACUUAAACAACCCGGUAUUGAAGGGCUCUGCACCAAGGAACAGAAGAGAGUGUGGUUUGCAGAUGGCAUUUUGCCAAAUGGUGAAGUGGCAGAUACAGCAAAACUUUCAACUGGAGCAAAAAGGUGGUCACAGGACUUAAGUCCAGUCAACCCUGACUUGCCAGAGAUGCACACGGCUGCAAGCCCAGAGAACGAUGACAUACUAACUGAUGUAAGCCCAAAACCUAAGAAAGAAAUUGGUACUAUUACAAGAAUGGAAGAAUUCUGUCCUGUUUCUUCAAAUGACGCACAUCAGGCCAUUCCAGAUCCAAGUGAUGUGAUACAUAGUUCCAAAUCUCUAGCUGUAGAAACUAAGAAGUAUUCUCCCACUACAGAAGCUGAGAAGACUAGUUCCAGUUCAGUUGAUCAGACUACAAGUGAUAUGCCUCUUAGUCCUUCAAGCUGCAGAAUACUAUGUGGUCUUGAAAACUGUGUUCGUAAAGAGAUCAGCCUUGUUCCUGAUGGUGAUAAACUGCCACCACUUUUGCUUGCAGUAGGUGGAAAUCGAAAAGAUCCUUCAGUGGAAGAACAUCCAUCUCGCCAAGAGGUCACUUUGCUUCUUGUGGAAGACAGUCACAAUCCAUUAACUUUUAUCCUAAAUGCAAACUUGCUUGUAAAUGUCAAGCUAAUAACUUAUUCUUCAAAAAAGUGCUGGUACUUCUCAACAAACGGACUGCGUGGUUUGGGUCAGGCAGAAAUUAUAAUUCUGUUGCAGUGUUUGCCAGAUGAAGACAUUUUUCCUAGUGAAAUAUUCAAAGUAUUUAUUGACAUCUAUAAGGAUGCAAUGAAAGGAAGGUUAGUAAGAAACAUGGAAAACAUUACUUUUACUGAAAACUUUCUUGGUAACAAGGAGCAUGGAGGAUUCCUGUUUGUUUCGCCAACUUUUCAGAAACUUGAUGAUGAAAUUCUACCAGAUAACCCCUUUCUUUGUGGCAUCCUCAUCCAUAAGUUGGAAAUACCAUGGGCAAAAGUUUUUCCGAUACGUUUAAUGUUGAGAUUGGGAGCAGAAUAUGGGGCAUAUCCAACUCCUGUAGUAAGUUUCAGGCACCGAAAGCCACUCUUUGGAGAGAUUGGGCACACAGUUAUGAAUCUACUUGUUGACCUCAGAAAUUAUCAAUAUACUUUGCAUACCAUAGACAACUUGUUUGUUCAUGUGGAAAUGGGUAGAAGUUGUAUUAAAAUACCCCUAAGGAAGUAUAAUGAGGUAAUGAAGGUAAUAAAUUCAUCUAAUGAACAUGUAAUUAGUAUUGGAGCAAGUUUUAAUACUGAAGCAGACUCUCACUUAGUGUGUGUGCAGAAUGACCAUGGCCUCUAUCACACACAAGCUAUCAGUGCUACUGGACAUCCCAGAAAAGUUACAGGUGCGAGUUUUGUUGUAUUUAAUGGAGCCUUAAAAACUUCUUCAGGAUUUUCAGCUAAAUCCAGUAUAGUUGAAGAUGGACUAAUGGUACAAGUAACACGAGAAACAAUGGAAAGUCUACGUCAGGCAUUAAGAGACAAGAAGGACUUUAAAAUAACUUGUGGUAAAACAGAUACAGGAGACAUAAAAGAAUACGUUGAUAUUUGCUGGAUAGAAAAUGAAGAAAAAACAAAUAAAGGAAUUCUAAGUCCAAUCGAUGGGACAUCAAUGGAAGGAACUCAGAGUGAAAAAUUACCACAAGGCAAAGACUUUGAAAGAGAGGGAAAAGUUAUGAAGUGCACUGAAGUAUACUAUUUUCUAAAGGACCAUGAGCUAUCCAGUCCUGUUCCUCACCAGUUUGCUAAAGAGAUUGCUGUCGCCUGCAGUACUGCUCUUUGGCCACAUGUUAAAACCUUGAAAAAUAAUGGGAUGAAUAAAAUAGGCCUAAGAGUUUCAAUUGACUCAGAUACGGUUGAGUACUUAGCUGGAUCUGGAGGUCAGCUUCUUCCACAGAACUACCUGAAUGAGUUGGAUGUUGCUCUGAUUCCUGUGAUUCUUGGUGGAAUGUCAGAUCCUACAAGUCUACCAUUGAAAAUGGAAUUAAUAUUUUUCAUUACAGAACAGCUGUUAUGAUGAGGCCGAUUACAGGCAAUAUACUGAUUUACUCUACCUGAAUACCAAAGUCAUAAUUCUACAAACACUAAAAAUGUUUAAGUUUUUAAACCUGUUACGUUUUAGGAGAUUUUUCAAACUUUUUUAAACACUCAAAUCCUCUCUGGUUACUUCACCACAAAAGAAUUGUGGUUUGUAAUGUUUCCUAAAGUUCUGAAAGUUUACACUUAAUACAGGUGCAGAAGAGGGCAGGUUUUGUUACCUCUUUACACAGUUGUAGCAUUUAUGAUAUGUAGUGUAUCUUCAAGCCAUAUUAUCUUGUCUCUUAACCUCUGAUAAAUGUGUUAAAGAUCUAGUCUCUGCAGCAUGUGCUUCUCACAUGCAGACAAGCUGGAUGUUGAAGUAGAGGCUGGCACAAAACUGUUUCCUAGCUAUUUUGAGAUUCAAACGUGGUAUCUUCUGUAGUGUAAUGCAAACUUCAUGUGUCAGCACAAAUACGUGUAUACCUUCAAACAGUUGUUUGUGGUCAGCACGAGGAAGAAUUUUGUGGGUACACUUACAAAUACUCUGUGGUUUAAAUUCUUAAUGUUAGGAUACAUAUACAGGAACAUAGGCUCUGAAUUUAAUUUUACAGAAUAACUGGUUUCUUUCUUGUAUUUAUAGGGAUUUAUUGAGCUUAAAUGAAUGCUAUUUUUAUAAGUACUGCUGUUUUAUUUUGCUUUACUCUGUGCUCAGAAGUCCUGACACAAUUUGGCCUCUGAAGGAUUAAUAAACAGAUUACCCUCAAUGUAAUCUACAUUGAGUAGUAAGUCAGGCAAGAACUCUGCAAUCUUUUCUGCUUCUGUCUACUGCUUUUGCUGUCUCUUUGUAGCCACCUUCUAUUUUCAGGGAGCAUCUAAGUAUUAAGUGUGAAUUUUCAUAAACAGAUUGAUUUUUCUAGUAUACUUGAGGUUCUUGUAUAGUAUGUAUUUUUUAUAUUGGGCUGUUAAGAUCUAUUUAUGUAUGUGUGAUGCAUGUGAUUUGUACUGAGGUUCAGUGAACCAUAAUUGAGGUUUGUUAACUGUCACACAACUGUUGAGGAAGAACAGAACCAAAACUAAACAUAUAUAAGAUCUGUUUUCAUUAAAUGCUGGCACAAUUUUUUAUGGAGACUAUUAAAACUCUGCUGCCUUCUUGAUGCUAAUAAGGGGAUAUUUUAUGUUUUUGUAUCAAAAACAGUUCAUAACUUAACCUAAUGAUGAUUCUAUGAUAAUGGUAAUUCUAUUAUUCCAGUCUGCUCUGUUGUUACCUGUGCUUCAAAGUACUGGUUCUAGAAGGGUUUGAGUCUCAAGGUCUUAACCUGGAGGAAACUGAGGUAGCAUUCGAGCUAGUUAAUAUAACUUCAGAGAAACUGCAGUUCUGGGGAAGAGCUGAAGGUCACACCAUGCACAGUAUGAGCAAAGUGUCUUUGCUUGGAAACAAGUUCCAACGAGGCAGUCAAGGAAACACCAGGGAGCGGCGGAAUAGUAGUUAAGGGCUGCGGUGGGCUGGGAGAGGGCUGUUGUCGCCGGUACCCUGUAAUGCGUGGGUAAACCAGGUGGGCUGCCAGUCUCUUAUCUGUAGAGGUAACCAAAGGAACAGUCCCCUCCAUCCACCCUGUACCACUUGUAAGUGAUGAUCAAUAAAGUUUACUAAACUGUU